AUGCGCGCGCUGUCCCAACAGCGCGAUACGUGGGAACCGAGCUCCUCGCUUCUUCAAGACGGUCCAGAUGGAGUUCUGGCGUACGUGUCAGUGCAUGCUCUCGAUCCAGAUUUGGUCGACGACGUAAUUAUUGUCGCUGUUAGCGAAAUUGAGAAGAACGACGACGGUGUUGUGUUGAAGCGUUACCACGACUACGAGACGAACAGCUACGACACAAAAAAUGCGGUGAAACGUCACCACGACGUUGUGAACGUCGCUUUGAACGUGUAUUAUCACGACCACGCGAACGAGAACGUCGUGGCGACCGUGUGGCACCACAUACCCGAGAACGUGAGUGUUGUCGCCAGCUUGACGCACCACAAAUAA